AUGGCCGCUGAGAAUCCAUACCGGGCGAUAGUGCUGCUCGCCAUAACAUUCAGAUCGAUAGCAUUCGAAGGACCUCCCUACGAAAAGCCGGAAGAGAAAGCCGAAGGCUCGUUCACUUCUCAGUUCAGUCAGGAGUGUCGGAAUGCUCGUUCGGAAAGCGGACUCUCCAGCGGUUGGAUCUCGUCUCUGUCUUGGCGAAGAGUUUGGUGCAGGGACCUUGCCAAGGCGGCGACGAAAUUUGACAAUGGGCCGCGGCACGACAUCUGGCAAGAUGCUGAAAAUGUGCCCGCAAACUCGAGUCUUCUGGAGGAUUCGUGGUGA